AUGAACACAAAAAUAAAAAGAGAACACAUGAGUACAAAGAAGUCCCAAUGGGUUCAAGCUGGAGGUCAUGGAGGACCACAACAACUUCAUCCAGAUGGACAAUAUCUUUUAAAGCCAUGUUUGUCUCAUAGAGAACGAGAUUUUUAUUUACAUAUUAAAGAUGAUAAAGAAUGGACUGGGACAGGAAUUAUACCAAAAUUUUAUGGAGUUGAAUUACAUGAAUUUGGAUUUGGAGAACUUGAAUUUAUUAGAAUGGAAAAUUUAAUGUAUAAAUACAAACGACCAUUUGUACUUGAUUUAAAAAUUGGAACACAAACAUGGGAUCCAGAAACAGCAUCAAGUAAAAUGAAAAAAAGAUUAGUUGUUGACUCAACAUCUACAACUACCUCACUUGGUGUUAGGUUUAGUGGAAUGGAAAGAAAUAUAGGAGAAGAAAAACCGAUAUUAUAUUCACGAUAUUUAUGUACACAUGAAGUAAAUACAAGAGACUCAUUAAAAGAAUAUAUUAAAUUAUUUUUUAAUGAUGGAAAGAAGUAUAGAAAAGAACUUGUUCCAUAUUUUAUUUCACAACUUGAUAAAAUGAUUGAAGUAAUGAAAAAAAGAGAAUACAAAAUGUUUAGUAGUUCUGUAUUAUUUGUUUAUGACAGUACAACAACAUUAGAAGAUAAAAAAUAUAAUUGUAAAAUGAUUGACUUUGCUCAUAAUUGGAUUUUAAGUGAAGAAGAAUGUACUGUUGAAGAUGGUUUUCUCUUUGGUUUAAAUAAUCUAAAAUCAAUAUUAGAAGAUAUUGAAAAUGAAUUUAAAUCUCUUUAA